UUCAGAUCGAGGCCGGCAAGAUGGCGGCGGACACGCAGGGGCAGGUUUCAGACACACUGAAGAGGUUUGCUGUGAAAGUCACGACAUCCAGCGUUAAAGAGCGCAAAGAAGUUCUUAAAGAAUUGAAGGAAUGUGUUAAAGGAAAAGAUCUUCCUGAGCCGGCCAUUAAAGGCUUGUGCAAACUCUUCUAUCUCACCCUGCAUAGAUACAGGGAUGCUGCGUCCCGACGAGCUUUGCUCUCGGUCAUCGAGGUACUGGUCCAGUCGCAGCCUGAUGCCAUAGCAACCAACCUUCCACCUGGCCUGCUGAGUUGUGGGGUGGUCAGUCGGGGGGUAAUGCCUGGAAAGAGCACAGCAUCAGGGGCCUGCUGCGCCCUUCCCUGGACCUGUUUGAUAGUUCGGACUGUCUUUCCCACCCCAGACAGAAGAGAAGGUUCCAGCUGGAAAAAACUGGUUGAAGUUCAGAGUUUGCUGCUUGCAGAGGCAGUGGGUGGUGCUUCAAAGAAUGCUCUCAAGUCGAUCGUUAAACGCUUUUACAAACUAUGGAAAGAGACACCUGGCCUGGUGGAUCAAUACAUGAGCAGUUUGCUUAGUUUGGAUCAAAACUGCGUCUCUCUGCCUCUCUUGGCCUUGUGUGUGGAUUUCUGCACGGCGCAGAAAGACAUCAACACCAUCAACAAACACAAGGCGGCAUUGUUGGAUCUGUACAUGAAGACUGUUCUCAUGAGCAAGACCAGACCGCUUCAGCACAUCCUGGAGAAGAGUAAUUCGAUUCUGCGUCAUGUGUCUCAUUCGGAGUUUAAGGAGCAUCUGCUGCCUACAUUACAGAAAGCUCUUCUGCGCAGUCCUGAGAACUCCAUGCAGACAAUUUCCUCCAUGUUGGCGUCUCUCACUCUUGAUCUCAGUCAGUACUCGCUGGACAUCGGGAAGGGCAUUGCUAGUCAGCUGAAAGCAAACAAUCAAGAGCUGAUGGAGAAAUCUGUUGAAGCUCUGGAGAAUCUGGCUAAGCAGUGCAGUGAUGCCAGCGCAGUCCAAGAUUUGGUCAAACAUCUCUUCAGCAUCCUUGGAGGUUCAGAAGGAAAGCUCACAGUUGUUGGCCAGAAGAUGAGCGUUCUCUCAGGAAUCAGAAGUUGCAGUCAUCACGCUGUUUCCGGUUCAUCCUCUCAGUCUUUGAGCUGUAGCGUGACUGUGAUGUUCAUACCAUACCUGCAGCAGGAAGUUCACGAGGGCACACUGGUGCACGCAGUGUCUGUAUUGUCUCAGUGGACGGCUCGUUUGACUGUGGACGUCCCAUCUGAACUAAAAGAAUGGUUUAAAAAAGCUUUCACGCUCAAAACGUCCACAUCUGCCGUACGCCAUGCGUACCUGCAGGCCAUGAUUGGUGCUUUCAAAGGUGACACACUCAGUCAGGCUGUUGAGUUUCUCCCCCUCCUUAUACAAACUGUGGAGAAAGCUUCCGCUCAGAGUACCCAGCAUGCACUGCUCUCAGAGGCCGUGGCUGCCGCCGUGCUCCUUUCUCGUCUCUCUGUGCUCGACUCUGUGCCUGAAGCAAAGCUGGCGUCCUUUUGGACUCUGAUUCUGGAUGAGAAGAAACCUCUCUUAACCACCGAGAAGUUUCUAUCACAGGCUAGCGAAGAAGCUCUCUGCACGAUCCUGCUGCUGUGUGAGAGACUGUUCCUGGAUCAGCCACAGAGACUCAACAACAGCAAAGCUCAAAUGUAUCAUCAGGCCACAGUGACAGCGCUUUUGUCGCGUCUUUGGCGUGUACGAAAACGUGCUCAACAGACCGUAAAGAAACUCCUCUCCUCACUGGGCGGCUCCAGCCUGGCCCACGGCCUUCUGGGAGAACUGCGUGUGGUCAUCAACAAACACAAGAUUCUGCCGUUAGAUGUUCUUCAGACCGAAACUGGUGAGCUGACUGAGAUCGGACGCUCGUAUGUGGCACCGCGGUCUUUACUGGAUGCCCUGAGCGCGAUCUGCUCUGUAGCGACCCAGUGGAGCGACCCAGCAGAGGCUGAGAAACUGGCUCUUGAUAUUCUCAUCGUUACCCAUCAUCCCUCUGUUGUCACCGUGAGGUCUGAGGCGUGGCCAUAUCUCCUCUCCAAAAUGAAGAUAGAUCCUGCUUAUUUUAUUGACAAACACCUGGAUAUCAUCUUGCCUCGCCUGCUGGAGGCAAACGCAGACAAUCAGGCUGUUCAGAACGCUGUUGGCUCUCUGUCGGUUCUGUCCCCCACUAAACUACUUCCACGUGUUAUGGAUCAUGUGACCCAGCGUUUGUCCAAUCCAGCGCUGAGUCAAGUAACGCGUCAGGAAUAUGCAAUCAUGCAAACGCCCGAGGGUGAACUCUAUGAUAAGAGCAUCAUAAUGAGCGCACAACAGGAGAGCACAAAGAAAGGCAACAUAAAGCGAGAGAAUAAGGCUUAUUCCUAUAAAGAGCAGAUCAUCGAGCUGGAGCUACAGGAGGAAAUUAAGAAGAAGAAAGGCAUCAAAGAGGAGGUUCAGCUGACCAGCAAACAGAGAGAGAUGAUGCAGAAUCAGCUGGAGAAAGAGUCCAGCAUCCGCAAGAGAUUACAGGAGUUGGAUGUGGAGCUGCAAUGUGCUGUCGGUCUGUUAGAAGCGGCUCUUGAUCGCCGUCCGUCUCUGAUCUGGAUACAUCUUCCGAGAGUUGUGCAGGUUCUCCUGCCGCUCCUGCAAUCUCCUCUGGCUGCUGAUCGAGUCAAACAGAUGUUUUUGUACACUGGUGUUUGUCUGAUGCCUAAAGAACUCAACUAUUUGGCGGUUCUUGUGGGCCAGGUAACCUUACGCCUGCUGAAGCCCGAGUGCGAUUUAGAUCCUGCAUGGGCUCAAGAAGAUCUGAACACCGCAACCCAGCGCACCAUCUUACAGCUGUACACACAGACCGUACCUCAGAAAGAGGGGAAAACAGAUGUCUGUGCCCUGUCGGCACCAGCGUUCUCCUUCUGUUUCCCGCUGCUGCAGGCUGUGUUGAGUCAGAGCAGUGGAAGCUCAGAUGAGAGCGAGCAGAUGAUGACACACGCACUGCAGGUCAUCAACACACACGCACAACUGCGAGCACAAUCCGACGACGAUACCCUUAUAGACGAGAACGGUCCUGAACUGCUGCCCAGAGUUCAUAUGCUGCUGUUAUUGACUAAAGUGAUUGGCACAUCCACACCCCGCCUUCAGGUUUUGGCAUCAAGCUGUCUGACUACUCUGUGUGCCAGCGCUGGAGGACAGGAGGGUUGUGCUCUCGCUGAACAGGAUGAGAUUGACGUUCUGCUGGAUGCUUUACUCUCUCCAUGUUUCUCAGUGAGAGACUCUGCACUUAGGGGCCUGUUGGAGAUGGAGUUGGCUUUACCCACUGAUAGCACCGAUCCCAACGGUCUGAAGGUCCUGAGGAGAUUGUGGGUUGCCAAAUUCGAUGUGGAGGAGGAGAGUCGAAUUCUAGCUGAUAAACUCUGGCAAGCUUUGUGUUUGGAGCUUGUGUCUGAUCUCUGUCCAAUGCUGAUCGAGGAUGUCAUUCAUCACGAGGAGGUCGUGCGGUCCGCAGGUGCAGAAGCUCUUUCCAGUGCCAUUAGCCAGUACCAGGACCAAUCUGCAACGGUUUUGAGCCAGCUCAUCGAGCUCUACCAUCAGAAACUAUUUAGGCCUCCUCCAGUUCUUGAUGCUCUUGGACGCGUCAUUUCUGAAUCUCCACCUGACCAGUGGGAGGCCAGAUGUGGCAUUGCUCUGGCUCUCAACAAACUGGCCCAGUAUCUGUAUGAGGGUCAGGUGACACCUCUCUUCUUGUUUUUUGUGCCGGAUGCUCUUAAUGACAGACACCCGGAUGUGCGUCGCUGCAUGCUGGAUGCUGCUCUUUCUGCCCUUAACACACACGGCAAGGACCAAGUGAGCUCUCUGCUGCCCGUGUUUGAGGAGUUCCUAAAGAACGCUCCGCAGGACGCCAGCUACGACGCCGUGCGACAGAGCGUCGUCAUCCUUAUGGGUUCACUGGCCAAACAUCUGGACAAGAGUGACCCGAAAGUUAAACCAAUCGUGGCCAAGCUGAUCACAGCCCUCUCUACGCCCUCACAACAGGUUCAAGAGUCAGUGGCGGGCUGUCUGCCUCCGCUGGUUCCUGCUAUAAAGGAGGACGCUGGUGGGAUGGUGAAGAAACUCCUUCAGCUCCUGCUGGAGAGCGAUAAAUAUGCCGAGCGGAAGGGUGCGGCUUAUGGUUUGGCCGGCCUGGUGAAAGGUCUGGGUAUCUUGUCCCUCAAACAGCAGGAUAUCAUGACCACACUGACCGAUGCCAUUCAGGACAAGAAAAACUCCAGACGCAGAGAAGGUGCUCUGUUCGCCUUUGAGAUGUUGUGUAACAUGCUGGGGAAGUUAUUCGAGCCGUACGUGGUCCAUGUUCUUCCUCACCUCCUGUUGUGUUUUGGUGAUGGGAACCAGUACGUCAGAGAGGCUGCAGAUGACUGUGCUAAAGCCGUGAUGAGGAAUCUGAGCGCUCACGGUGUGAAACUCGUCCUGCCGUCUCUGCUGGUGGCACUGGAGGAAGAAUCCUGGAGAACCAAAGCAGGCUCUGUGGAGUUAUUGGGUGCGAUGGCUUAUUGCGCUCCUAAGCAGUUGUCCUCCUGUCUGCCGAACAUCGUACCCAAACUGACGGAGGUUUUGACUGACUCACACGUGAAGGUCCAGAAAGCCGGUCAGCAGGCUCUCCGACAAAUCGGCUCAGUCAUUCGCAACCCUGAGAUCCUUGCGAUCACCCCCGUUCUGCUGGAUGCUCUGACCGAUCCAUCUCAUAGGACGCAUCACUGCCUGCAAACACUUCUGGACACAAAGUUUGUGCACUUCAUUGACGCUCCAUCACUUGCUCUGAUCAUGCCCAUCGUUCAGAGAGCUUUCCAAGACCGCUCCACCGACACGCGCAAGAUGGCCGCCCAGAUCAUAGGAAACAUGUACUCACUCACUGACCAGAAGGAUUUGUCUCCAUAUCUGCCAGCUGUGAUUCCAGGACUGAAAAGUUCCCUGUUGGAUCCUGUGCCUGAGGUACGAACCGUCUCUGCUAAAGCUCUGGGUGCCAUGGUGAAGGGUAUGGGAGAAUCAAGCUUUGAGGACCUGCUGCCGUGGCUCAUGGAGACGCUGGCUUCAGAACAGAGCUCUGUGGACCGCUCUGGUGCUGCUCAAGGUCUGGCCGAGGUCAUGGCUGCCCUCGGUGUGGAGAAACUCGAUAAACUCAUGCCUGACGUGGUGCAGACAGCCAGUAAGAUCGACAUCGCGUCUCACGUCAGAGACGGAUACAUCAUGAUGUUCAUCUACCUCCCGCUCACCUUCGGAGAAAAAUUCACUCCGUAUGUGGGUCCCAUCAUUCCCUGUAUCCUGAAGGCUCUGGCCGAUGAGAACGAGUAUGUCAGAGACACAGCCCUGCGUGCAGGUCAACGCAUCAUCAGCAUGUAUGCUGAGACCGCCAUCGCCCUCCUGCUCCCAGAGCUGGAACAGGGUCUGUUUGAUGACCUGUGGAGAAUCAGAUUCAGCUCGGUGCAGUUGCUAGGAGACCUGCUGUUCCACAUCUCCGGGGUAACGGGAAAGAUGACAACCGAGACUGCAUCAGAGGAUGACAAUUUUGGCACAGCCCAGUCCAACAAGGCCAUUAUUGGAGCCCUGGGCCCUGAAAGACGCAACCGUGUACUUUCUGGACUCUACAUGGGCCGCUCAGACACGCAGCUGGUGGUGAGACAGGCGUCUCUUCACGUAUGGAAGAUUGUGGUGACAAACACACCCCGCACUCUGAGAGAAAUCUUGCCAACCCUUUUCACACUUCUGCUGGGGUUCCUGGCCUCCACGUGUCCAGACAAAAGAACGAUCGCUGCUCGUACGUUGGGUGAUCUGGUGAGAAAGCUGGGCGAGAAAAUUUUGCCUGAGAUCAUUCCCAUCCUGGAGGAGGGUUUACGUUCGGACAAGAGCGACGAGAGACAGGGCGUGUGUAUCGGCCUGAGUGAGAUCAUGAAGUCCACUAGCAGAGACGCAGUUCUGGUGUUUUCUGAGUCUCUGGUCCCCACCGUGCGCAAAGCUCUGUGUGAUCCUCUGGAGGAGGUUCGAGAAGCGGCCGCCAAAACCUUCGAGCAGCUUCACACGACUAUCGGUCACCAAGCGCUCGAUGACAUCUUGCCUGCGCUGCUCAAGCAACUGGAAGAUGAAGAGACAUCAGAGUUUGCACUGGACGGACUCAAGCAGGUCAUGGCCGUUAAGAGUCGCUCAGUUCUGCCUUACCUGGUGCCUAAGCUAACCGCUCCUCCCGUAAACACGCGUGUUCUGGCCUUCCUCUCUGCGGUGGCGGGAGACGCCCUGACGCGUCAUCUUGGGGUGAUUCUGCCUGCGCUCCUGUCCUCCCUCAAAGAGAAGCUGGGCACAGAAGAAUGCCUGCAGGAGCUCAGUAACUGUCAGACCGUCGUUCUAUCUGUGGAGGAUGAAGUCGGUCAGAGAAUCGUCAUCGAAGACCUUCUGGAAGCCACGCGAGGAACUGACGCAGGGCUGAGGCAAGCGUCCGUCACCAUACUCAACGGCUACUUCUCUCGGACUCGCCUGGACUACAGCGCUCACACGCGCACCCUGCUGUCCGGCCUCAUGCGGCUCAUGAACGACACGAAUACAGAAGUGCUGAUCCAGAGCUGGGACACCAUCAACGCCAUCACCAAGAAACUGGAUGCAGGCAGCCAGCUGGCCCUGAUCGAUGACUUGCACAGAGACAUCCGCUCAGCUGCUGCUGAGGUCAAAGGUCAACACUUACCCGGCUUCUGUCUGCCUAAAAAGGGUGUCACAUGUAUUCUCCCUGUGUUGAGAGAAGGUGUGUUGACAGGAAGUCCAGAGCAAAAGGAGGAGGCGGCCCGUGCAUUGGGAGGAGUCAUUAAACUGACAUCAGCGGAGGCGCUCCGCCCCUCCGUGGUCAACAUCACCGGACCUCUCAUCCGUAUCCUAGGAGACCGUUUCGCCUGGAACGUGAAGACGGCUCUGCUCGAAACACUCACUUUAUUGUUGGCCAAGGUGGGCAUCGCUCUGAAGCCGUUCCUGCCACAGCUCCAGACCACCUUCCUGAAGGCGCUCCAGGACUCCAGUCGGGCCGUACGGCUCCGGGCGGCCGAAGCCCUGGGUCAGCUGGUUUCUAUACACGCUAAAGUAGAUCCGUUGUUCACCGAGCAGCUGACGGCCAUACGCACUGCAGAGGACUCAGGAGUCAGGGAAACCAUGUUGCAAGCCUUGCGGUUCGUCAUCCAGGGUGCAGGGUCAAAGGUUGACCCCAGCAUUAAGAAAAACAUCAUCAGUACACUGCUAGGCAUGCUGGGACAUGACGAGGAUGCCACACGGAUGGCCUCUGCAGGGUGCGUUGGCGAGCUGUGUGCGUUUCUUUCAGACGAAGAACUCAGGAGUGUUUUACAGCAGCAUCUUCUUGCGGAUGUGUCUGGUGUGGACUGGAUGGUCCGUCACGGCCGGAGUUUGGCUCUGGCUAUCACAGUGAAGUCUGCUCCUGGUCAGCUGUGUUCGGAGGAAUACAGAUCUGCUGUACUGGAGGCUGUGUUAUCAAGCGCUACUGCUGAUCGAAUUCCCAUCGCAUGCAGUGGCAUCAGGGCCAUGGGUUACAUGAUGAAGCAUCAGCUAUGCUCAGAAGGAGGAGAAAGUGUUUCACCUCGUAUCGUCACACAGUUUGUAAAGUGUCUGCAGAACCAGUCCAGUGAUAUUCGUCUGGUGACGGAGCGCGUCCUGUGGUGGGUGUUUAAGGAGGCGGAGACUCCCUCUCUAGAACCCAAUCUGGUGAAACCGGUCAUCAAAGCAUUGCUGGACAACACCAAAGACAAGAACACCAGCGUCCGAGCCCAAAGCGAACACACGCUUGUCAGUUUACUGCGACUGCGCCAGGGAGAAAGCGGCAUGCAGAGCAUCAGCACGAUCUUAGACUCCGCCAGUAAUGAGCUUCUGUCAGAGUGUUACAGACGAUCUUUGAAGAAGAUCUCUGGCCUUCCCGACUCCAAUGAGGAGAUCGAUGACACGAUCCUCACAUGAUUGACAGCAUUUGUCCUUUUCUGGAUCUGGAAACUUCAAUCCCUGGUGAUCUCAAAGAGCGAGCGAUUCUGCUUGAUAUAUCAGUGACCUGCGUCUGUCAGUUAUUCACACACAGUCCCCUCCUCAACGCAAGCUUUGUUCACGUAAUUUACACCAUGAGAAAAGCCUAAAAAAGUAUUUAUUGUGCUGAACCCCUUAAAUGAUCUAAAGUAGUAAUUUUUUGGCUGAUAAUUUCUUCAAUUGUUUUUUUCUUUUAAAUUGAAAGUAUUAAUUUGUGCCAAUUCUUUUCAAACACUGAUAUAGAUUAAAUGACCCUGUAUGAUUUUAUUUUGAUGCUGAGCUGCGUUUGGCUAUGAGACGUGUGAUCCUUUAAUGGGAUGUGAUGCUGAUAUUUCUUCAGUUAGCGCUGUGUCCACUAAUAAUGGUUGUAUGAAUAAAACAAAAUGAAACAUUGGUUUAAUAAACGGUUUGAUUUAAUGAGAAA